AUGGUAAAUAAGGUGGUUAGUGGCCAAGAGGUUCAAGGGGCGACGGGUGGCGUUAUCGGCGUUGCGGAGGCCUAUGCACAACAUGAACAAGAGGAACUUGAGCAUAAUCAACACCAACACCAGCACCAGCACCAGCACCAGCAUCAGCAACAGCACCAGCACCAGCAACAGCAACAGCAAUCUUCAUACACUGGUGGAGGUGCAGGUAGUCGAGUGGGGAAAAAGUCUACUACUAAGAGGCGGAAAAAGGAUCGCUGUCAUUUCAGUAAGUGUGCGAGCUCAGCGUUGAAGUUUAUCGGUGACUGUCAGUUCUGUGAAGGCCAUUUUUGCUCUAAACACCGGUUAAUGGAAAACCAUUCUUGUCAUGGGUUGCGUUCUUGCAAAGAACAGAUGCAUCAGAGAAAUGCGGAUAAAUUGGCCCAGGAGCAAACAAUUGCUCCUAAAAUCCAGAUAUGA